UUUCAGUGAUGUUCAGCUCGGGUCUCUCAGCAGACCAGCUCCGGCUCCUCAGGACGCACAGUGCGCGGAGCUCCCCAUCCUGCUUCCCUCAUCCCGGGCACAGGCAGGGGGGGGCUGCCGACACUCCUACAUAGACCACCGAUUUCGAAAAUCACACAUGCUCUUCUCCACCAAGUUUUUCUUUUUCUUCUUUGGAUGAGUGAGCUGCUUUAGAUCGGACAUGGCUUCAUCCCUGAGCGGCACGGAGGAGGUGCGGGUGUCGGUGAUGACGCCCCUGAAGCUGGUGGGACUGGUGUGCGUGUUCCUUGCGCUGUGCCUGGACCUCGGGGCCAUGCUGAGCCCGGACUGGGUGACGGCGGACGACCAGUACCAUCUGUCCCUGUGGGCGUCCUGCUGGAAGCCGGUCAGCUCCGUGGAGUGGUCCUGCAACAGCACGCUGGCCACGGACUGGCAGAUUGCCACGCUGGCCCUGCUGUUGGGGGGGGCGGCCCUCACCCUGCUCUCCCUCCUCGUGGCGUUGGUGUCCCUGUGCUUCGGCUGCAGGAGUCGCUGCUACAAGCCUGUGGCUGUCAUGCUGUUCUCUGCAGUGGUGCUUCAGGUGUGCAGCUUGGUCCUGUUCCCCAUCAAGUUCAUAGAGACGGUCAGUCUGAGGGUGUACCAUGAGUUCAACUGGGGCUACGGCCUGGCCUGGGGGUCCACCAUCUUCUCCUUUGGAGGCGCCAUCCUCUACUGCCUCAACCCGAAAAACUACGAAGACUACUACUAAGAAUAUGCCAGACAAGAGGAGAAACCAGGACUCAGUCAUCUCAGUGAUAGUACUUUUCUGUCUGUUACAAAGUUUCACAACCACAGACUACAAGUAGAAUUACCACCGUGUGUCUAUCCAGUCUUAUAGAUGGAAUUAAGUGUUUGUUGUCAUAAUUAGCACAUGAAUUAUUGAGGUAUGGGCAAAAAUGUUUUUUUGUGCUGUCACAAAGACAUUGACCUUUGACCACCAAAUUCUCAUCUCAAAAUCAGUUCAUCCCUGAGUUCAUGUGAAUGUCUGAUCCACAUUUGAAGAAACUCCCUCAGGCUCUCAAAAGGAUGGACGGCCUGAAAACAUAAUGCCUUUGGCCACAGACUGCCGAUGUAAAGGCUUAAAAAUGUUAAAAACAAAUUCUUAUUGUUAGUUUUAAUGCUGGAAUUGAGCCUCUUGACUUGUCUCAAAGACUUUCCACACGUAUUGGACUCAAGUCCUGGGCUCUCUCGGGGGGGUUUGGUAGCAGAGCAGGCUGUGAGAAAGAAAUCCAAAACCAGCCAGUUUCAUUUUUUAAGACAGUGUCACCAUUCAGUGAAGAGUGCGUCCCCUUUAAGUGGAACUCCAGUAGGUCUCAGAUUUGGGCAGAAAAUCCGGAGGGAACAGAUGGAUUCACUGACCCCAUACCAGGAGGAAUCGGUGGACUAAAUCAACCAAUCAGAGCAGAGGAUGCAAAGCAGAAACUCCAGCCGAUCAGGGAAUUAAAAGUAAACCUCUUAUUGAAGUCACAUCCCGAGGAUGACAAAGUGAGGAAGACUGGGUCCACCUAAGGAAAUGCAAAAUGUCACAUUUCCCCACAGACACACUUCAUCUGGAACAUGGCUUUGUCGUCUUUCUCUAGAAAAAUACUUUGAUGAAAACAUGUCAUGACGCUCCAGUGGACUGGUUUUAUUUUCUGCUCCCCUCUUUGAGUUUGAGAGAACUGAUAAACAGGAACUACCUAAACACAGGGGAAACAUUCCACAGGAACAUUCAAACAAUAGGAUGAGAACAUUUACUGGUUGAUGAGCAGGUGUGUCUCUUACAUGUAAACUGGGGUAAAACCUAUGGCUACUAAAUUAGGCCUGCAACAUAACCUGAGUUUUACCUUUGAUAAAACUGUUGUAUUAUAUGUAAGUAUGUGCAGUAAGCAUAAUUAAGCAAUAUUCAUUACAAGCAGACCAGUGGGAAGGAAGAUGGCAAAUGACCAUGUCUGCUGAGUGUCCGCAUGAUCCUACCACGUCAUGGAGCACACACCAGCCCAUGUGAUGCCUCCUUAUCAUCCCACUCGUAGGAAAGGCUGUGGGAAUGCUCUCAGUAGAGGAGGCCCCAUUAAAAAGCAACAGUUGUCAAAUGGGAGGGAGAAGCUAUGAAAGAAAACUGUACUAACUGAAAAGGUCACUAUAAAUGGUUUUGCUUCUAAGUAAAGGUCCCUGAUACUUUACUUUAGCAAGGGUGCAAUGUGCUGAGGGGAUCACACGAUUAUCUACGUUUAAAAAUCAAGUUUGUAAACAUGUUAACACGUCCCCCUUGUAGUUUUUAUGCAUGCACAUAUUUUGAUUGAAAUAAGCAGUACAGUAAACAUAUGCAAGUCCCGAAAAAGAAGGAUUCAGGGCCCGCUCACAGCAAAUAUCACAGGUCACAAAUGUUGAACUCCACGAGAAAGCCCUGCUGCGAUUUGCUUGCAGAUUGGAAGUGAACAUGAGUCGAAGGUUCACCACUGAUGCAUUCCUGUAUGGGUGAAAGGGUCCUCAGACAACCAGAGUUUGUGAUGUCACAAACCUAGGAAUCCUGUUCACCUGUGAGAGGAGCACAGCAGCUGGAAAAGGCUCCUCAAAGUGAGCAGUGAGGGUGGAGACACACAUUCAGAUCCCAGACACAGCGUGAAGAAGGAAGGUGUAGAGUUAUAUUUAUGUCAUUUAAAAUCCAUUGGGGAAUUUUUUCAUUACAUUUUGAAUAUGUAUUUGUUUUUGUUUUAGGGUAAUAAGCUACUGGAAUGGGACUUUAAAUGGAAACUUGAAGUACUUAAGUACCUUCAUACCUAAAAGGAGGACAGGGUAAACAUGAGGGGUGAGUGGACCUACAAUGAUCUGCUCUGGUAAUGACGGUCCUCUCAAACCUUAUUUAAAAUGGUCAGAAGCCUCAGCUCCCCCUUCCUACAUUAGAGAAAGAGUGUGUGUAUGUGCAUGCCACAGCCAUGUGCUGCUGUAUUUGAUUCCCACUGGUUUGAUUACUAACAUAAUAAACAUGUACUGUGAAAAAAA